UUUUAUAGCUUUUUCUCCCUCAAAUAUUCAAUCCAAUUUUUCCUCAAUUCGCCCUCAGAGGCAAAGAUUCUCAGAAUCUAGGGUUUUCUCUUUUUUUUUUUCUUUUGUAAUUUGGGGAUUUUUUUUUCUGAGAUGGAAGGGGCGAGCAACGGAGGGAUGUUGUACCACGAGGUACAAGAGUCGAAGCUCUGCGCGGUGCAUUGCGUGAACACGGUGCUGCAGGGUCCCUUCUUCUCUGAAUUCGAUUUGGCGGCGCUCGCCUCCGAUCUCGAUCGGAAGGAGCGGCAGAUGAUGCUCGUCGAGGGCGGCUUCCACGCCGGUGAUUUCCUCUCCGAGGAGUCACAUAACGUCUCCUUGGACGGCGAUUUCAGUAUUCAGGUCCUACAAAAGGCUUUAGAGGUUUGGGAUCUGCAGGUCAUCCCCCUUGAUUCUCCUGUCGCUGAGCCAGCCCAGAUUGAUCCUGAGCUUGAAAAUGCAUUUAUCUGUCAUUUGCAGGACCAUUGGUUUUGUAUCCGGAAAGUGAGUAGAGAGUGGUAUAAUUUCGACAGUCUUUAUGCGGCACCAUUGCACCUCUCAAAGUUUUACCUUUCGGCCUAUCUGGACACACUAAAAGGCUCUGGUUGGAGCAUUUUCCUGGUGAGAGGAAACUUCCCAAAAGAGUGUCCCAUCUCAUCCUCUGAAGCUUCUAAUGGUUACGGGCAGUGGCUUUCACCUGAAGAUGCUGAGAGGAUAACUAAAUCCUGCAACUCCACAAAUGCUGAAGCUCAGGGAACAGAUUCAAAUCCACAAUCUUCGGCACAAGUUCUAUCAAAUGAGGAAGCAGAUUUGCUUUCAGAAAUGGAAGAUGAGGACUUGAAAGCUGCUAUAGCUGCCAGUCUUUUGGAUUCUACUCCAUCCAUUGCCCGUGCUCAAGCCAGAAACCCACAGAUCAGCAGCAGAAACCCUCAGGACAGCAUCGACAACCCUCAGAACAACACCAGAAACCUUCAAGGCAUCACUGACAAUCCUCAGAACAGCAUUGGAAACCCUCAGGACAGCAACGACAACCCUCAGAACAACACCAGAAACCUUAAAGACAUCACUGACAAUCCUCAGAACAGCAUCGGAAACCCUCAGGACAGCAACGACAACCUUCAGCACAACACCGACCUUCAAGACAGCACUGACAAUCCUCAGAACAGCAUCGAAAACCCUCAGAACAUUAGCGGCAACCCUCAGAUCAGUACUGGCAACCCUCAGAACGAAAGUGCAGGCAGCCAAGAGAAAAUUGAUUGAGAAAAGAAAAGUAUACGUUUUCUUAGAUUUUUUGUUUACCGGUUGAGGAUCAUUGAUCUAUGUCAGGUUACACAGUUGACUUACAAUCCUUGGCGCAAAGUCAUCGCACUUUGCCGCAUAUACAACUCUGUUAUACUUUCGUCAACUCAAUUUGUAUAAACUUGAAAAAAUAACCUCCCAGUUUUUUCCAUUGGAUUACAUAUCUUUCAUUUUGUAAA